GACGCUACCCAUAGCCCGGCAACAGUUUCGGUGUGCGUGUAGUAACUUGAGGUGUGUAGCAUGUGUGUCCCAUGGCAGCGAAGUUCGACGAGGUAAAUAAGGUGCGGUGGCAGCGCUGGUUCAGCACUGUGUGGGCUACGCCACCGGACCUGGAAGCCCCGGGCAUCAGCUGCUGCUGCUGCAGUGCUCUGGGACAAUGAGGAGAGACUUAUGAAGUGCAUGGGAAACUUGGGAAUACUUGCUGUCAUCCUUUCACUGAGAAAUGUAGUAACUUCUCAAGCAGGCUAAGUCUGUCCUCAAGAAUUUAAAUUUCUGCUUGCACAGCAAUGCUGCAUACUUCAGAGGAGGGAACUUGUAUACCAUUAACAAGGACAUGGUCAAACAAAGUGCCGCCCCUGAUCAUUACAAAUCGCAGGUAAAUAACAAGAAACAAAAAAUGGACACUCAAUUAUUUUCCCCAUUAUUAGAAGCAAUUACUACUAGUACUUCACCUCCGCUAGAAUCUUCCCGUCUGUAUAGCAACUGGUCAGCAUGUGGAGAGGAUAUUAGCUCAAAAACUUCUUUUCAAGACUGCACAAAGAAACGGGCACCAAUAAAUCUUUCUUAUUCUAGCAGUGGCCCUGAUAUGUUUGGUCUGGUGUCAAGCAUUUUAGAGGAGCCAGACAAGCCAGAACCAGUUACAGAUUGGAAUUCUCUUUCAAGAUUGUUUCCACCUAUGUGGGCACCUGAUCUUGGAAGCAAUGCUGAAUUCUCAGGGCUCUCGUCGAAGCACUCUGGAAGUAAGGAUUUUUCAAACCUGAUGGGCACACAGAACUACUAUCAGGAACACUUGCAAAAUUCUCAUGAUGUGGAGAUGUUACACAGAGGUUUGGAAGAUCUUCAUCUCAUAGAGUCUUGGCUUUCUCCAUCUGGCCCUUGCACUCAGCCUGAUGAUAUUCUGAAGAACAGUUAUCCUGAAAAUUCCUCUUUGCAAAAUAAUAAUACAAUUCACCAAGAAGGGUUUUCAUUUAAAAAUGUAGACCAUAAUCAGCAUUUGUGUGGUUAUGACCACAUGAGGUUAAAUGGAGACUGUGAAAAAAUUUAUUCCAAUUUUAGCACUUUUUCUUCUCAGAGCAGAAUAAAAGAAGGCACUAGCAUUCAGAAAGAGUACCGGAAAACUGAAAGAGCAAGAGGCAAAGUUCUGAAAAAUGAUGCUCAGGAACAAACUAAAUAUUCCCCUGAUCUUUCCAGUCAGCCUGUUGAUGACUCUUGGGAUAAAGUGUCCCACGACAGCCACUUGUUUUCUAAAAGAUAUGAAAACUUUACAGCUGGUCAUAAAUUGCAGUCAUCUAUUCCUCCAUCGCUUUAUUUUUUCAAUCAAGCCCCUAAAGAAAAUAAUUUUUCAGGAGGGACAAACAGAAAGCCACAGGAAACCCAUGUGCAAAAUGGUCUUCGUAGUUUUACCUUGGGGGAUGCUUUUAAUGAUGAAUGUAGGAUCAAUAUUGGUCCUAAAGAAUGCUCUCAUAAAGUAUCUGAAUAUGAUUUAUCUGUAAAAAAUGUUAUGCAAAAUGGGAGUUAUUCAUCGUACCAUGGACGGGCGUGGCUGGAUGGGAAAGUGGCAAGUCUGACAGCUACAUCAGAUGUCACAUAUGGAAAGCAACUGGUGAUAAGUCCACAGUCAUCUUCAGGGGCUUCAACCACGUCUGGUGAUUCUCCCACCCAUCAGUCUAUAACACAGUCCUCUUACUACUCACAGAUCUUACCUGCCCUCCCUUCAAGGAAAGAUGGAAGGUUACAAAUAUCAAAUGGUGUUUCUAAUAAUUUGGGAGUUUCUAAUUUCACCUCAGAAAAUCAUAAGCAAAUGAAGCCUAUUGGACGAUCACAGCAUGAUUCAUUGACUAAUAAAGAGGGGCAAAACUGUAAAUUCCCCAUUAAUUUUUCGGCUGAUUGGUUAACACAGCAGAACGUAAGUGAAGACCAUGAAAAAUACUACAGAUUUCAAAAAAAGCAGACCCAAGAAAAUAGUAAUAAAGAUGAUAGAAGAGGCAGAAAGAAUUGGAUUCCUCAUUUGGGGUAUACAACCCCAAACCAUCAGCAGUUCAAUAUGUUCCAAAAAAAGCAUGAACAGAAUGGUGGUAGCAUGUCAGACUUCAUCAAUCCUUCUUUUCUUCCUUCUUUCCCAUUAAUGUCUGAUUUUAAACAAAAUCCCAGCUUUCUUCCGUUUAAUCACCAUCUGUUUUCAUCAGCAAAUAACUUCAGUUUUCCUCCAUCACCAUUUCCAUUCUCGGAACUUGUUGAUCUUUUUCAUUAUGAUGACUUUAACCACUUGAAUCCCUUGAUCAGCGAUCUGUUUUGUGGGGAAAUAGCUGCACCAUACUUUGCCUUUCCAACACCACUUAACAAGUACAGAUCUCCAAGAAACCGCAGUGGACCUGCUAAUGAGCUUCAUAUCCGACUGGAGGAGUGUUACGAGCAGUGGAGAGCUUUGGAGAAAGAGAGAAAGAAGACUGAGGCUGACCUUGCAAGAAACUUUCCAGGAAAGCGCAUAACUAGCUCAAAUAACAUUCCUGUGUCCCGACUUCCUACCAACCCAUCUCGAGUUGAUCGUUUGAUUGUCGACCAGUUACGAGAACAAGCCAGGGUGCUCACAUUAGUAGGAAAAAUGGAAAGGCUUCGUGGUACCCCUGUACACAAUAACAUAUCCACUACAUUGGAACGCCAUAUGGAAGUCAUUCAGGUAACGCAGGCGAGGCGUAAGGAUGAGAUUAUUAAUGCUGCUAAUCCGCAGAGACAAGGAGCACCACGUUAUAAUAAUGUGAAAGAUGUUCUGGCUCUGGCAGUUGCCAUUAGAGAGUUGGCUGCUUCCACACGCAAGGCUCGUACUGCUUUAUGGUGUGCCUUGCAGAUGACUUUGCCAAAAUACUCUUCAAGCAGUCCAGUAAAGCAAGAAGUUGUUGAAAGGGCAUUGCAAGAACUCUGUCCACCAAACACAAGCACACAAGAAAAAAAGCAGCAUGGAGUAUGAAGACAAAGGAAGUAAAAAAGAAAAACCUGCGGAACCCAUGAGGAUUUUGGAAUAAUAGCAAAUAAUAACAAAAGGGAGACAGAAGGCUGAGGAGGGAAGGGCAACAUGGCCUGCAUAGUACCGUGGAAGGUGGUUUUGAUGGUUAUCAAAAAGUAAAAGGGUUAACAUAACUGAUCAGUGCUGCAAUUCUAUUACUGUGAUUCUGGCGUUGAGACUCACAUCCUGUAAUAGUGUAAAUGCAGUUUUAAUAUUGCUGGUAUUGCAAUGUCUGCUACAUGAGAAUUUUAGUAUUAAGAGGAACUAAACAAUAGCUGAGAACUUCCCUGUGUGCUUAUCCAAAGCUAUGUAUCAGCUGUAAAUCAAGCCAUGACCUGAAAAAACAGAGUGUGGUAGAACUUAAUUCUCCUUUUUUUUGUUAAUGAUACACUUUUAGCAUACGUAAAGAAAAAAAAUCAAUUUAAAAAGUAUUUCAUAAUUGUUCAGGGUUUUUUUUUUUGCACCAUGAUAUAGUUGAUUUCAAGUGCCAAAGUGAUCACUAAGUUGUUUGCAUCCCAUCACUCUUUACACAGCAAUCCAUAUUCCUGUAUUGGUUUUGUCACAGGGCUGGGGGGUGGGGGAGUGGUGUCAGGUCAUUCAGGUUAUCACAGUUUGACAAGAAUAAUCAGUGUUUAAUGUUGGUUGUGUGAGAUGCUUCAGCAGUUCUGCUGCCAGUUCAGUUUCUAGUUAAACCAGUGUAAAGUGAGAUUUUCUAUUGCAUAGUUCAUUUUAAAUUUUCCAUUUAAAAAAAAAAAAAAAAAAAAAAAAGAUUUUGUAGAUUUGCAGCCAGUACUGCACCGAAGUACACGUUAGCAGGUGAUAUAAAAUUGUCACUCAGGAUUAGAAAUUAGAUUUAUUGAUUCCUCAGUGGGUUAAAAACCAGUAACUAUAUAACAUAGUAUGCACAUAAUUAAAAAAAUAUUGUUAUUAAUGUAAGUUCAUGGUACUAUAAUUUUCAGAAACAUUCCAUAUUUAUUUUAAUGUGUUUAUUGAAUGUUUAUUUUAAAUUUUAUUUUAGUAAUAUAAAGUUGGAUAUUUUGCCAAAUCUUUCACAUAAUCAGAUUUAACAAUUUACUCAGGAAAUAUGUAUAUUAUUAUAUAAAUAUACACAUGGUAUAUAGGGAUUUUUUGGGGGGAAGGGAUGUUUGCAAAAUAUUUACACAAAGCUAACUAUAUACUAGGUUACCAAAGCUGUUUAACCGAUUAAUUUCUCGCAUGGAAGAUUUAAUAUAUUUUAAUUGCUGUUAACUAGUCUCCAUUUUGUGGCUUAGACAAUCAGAAGUGUUUUGUAUCAGUGUGAAUGUUCAGGGUGAGAAUUAGAAAAGAAUGAGUAAUCAAGUUUUGUUAUUAAGGCACUUAUAAAUAUUUUAAUGCUUUAACAACUGUCUUACUGUUACACAGUCUCUUAACAUAUACUAAUAACCAGCUAAGGUUCUUGGGUAUCAGUAUAUUAAUAAAUGGCUUUGGAGAGCAGUUCUUACUUUAAAAGUCAAUUAAAUUGGGGAUAUAAGCAAAGUUUGAAAGACAAAAAUGAAGUUUAUGUUCCAUAGUGUUCAAUGUUGAAUUUAACAUUUUGUGGAUAAAUAUAUAAUUGUUUCCAUAUAUCUAUAUACAUAUAUAUACACUUGCAAAAUGUUCUGAAUGCAUUUCUGUAGUUUUGGAUCUGUGGAUGUUUCUAGAGCAGAUUAGUCUCUGUAGUACUAUCGUUUAACUGUAAUGAGGCAUAACUUUUUAGAAAAAAAUUACACAAGCCUCACUGUAAUCCACUGAUUAAAGUUUAAAAACAAGAGUCGAUAGAAAUCAGAACCUUAGUCUAGCAAGAUUAUGAUUCUUUUAUCCCUAAAAAAAGUGAAAUCAAUUUAGAAUAUUUUCAGCCUUAGCCUAAAAAGCAGGUAGUGGAGAGAGUUAUUUUAGUGUGAGUGUGUUUCCUCUGUGUGCAUGUGCAGUUCAUUUGCACAAACUAAUUUAAGAAGGUUAAAUUUGCAUUUGUGAAACUAAUUAACUAUACUCCACUGUUUAAAAAGUGGAGUCUACAGUAUUUCAGUUAAUGAAUAAUUUUGGUCUUUCAUUAUGAUUACUGUGUUGACAGGAAAUCAGAAGUUGGAAGUCUUGAUCAGCUUUUCUGUUUACAGAACAAUUGUAGUCCUGCAGGAUUGUUUCGUGGUGGUGAAGUUCUAGGGCGUAGUAGGUUCUUAUUGUAGUGCUCGUCUUAAUUAUUCUUGUGAAGGAAUGUGAUCUUAAUCGGUUCAUAAUAUAGUUAACGUGCCUUUAACAGUCUCCUUUUUCAAAAAUAGUAAAUCUCUGUGUGCUCUCUUCUGUUUUCCACUGCGGUUUAAAAAAUGCAUUUAUAAAGGGUUACAUGUGGCUGCAUUUGACUAUAGUUACCAAUUAGCGUUUGCUGUGUUGUUCUUACAUAUUGUUAGACAGUAAUGAGCUCUUUAACAAGCCUAAAGCACUGUAGCUGUGGAGAGUCGCCACGGGUCAAAUGUGGUAGUAUCAGAUUUUCCUUGUCAUGCCCUACAAAUGUGACCAGCAUGCACUCAUAUUUCAUUUUUCCUCGCUCUGUUUUCUUCAUAAAAAAAUUGGGAUAUUAAUAUCAAAAAUAUUUUAUGACCAUUUCCUUAAACGAUUUGAUUAUUUACAGCAUUAGACCUAUAAAGACAGAAGUCCUUUCAGAGUGCUUCAGUUCUGUUGCUUUAUGACACAUCCUUGGAUAUUUCAGGGGGAAAAAAUUUCUAUUUAGUAAAAUAACCACCUGGAGUUGCAGCAGCUCUGUUACAGUCGUAAAAUUUCUUUAGCUGCCUAGUGUUUAAAGAAUUUGUACAUUGUCGCUAAAUUAAUAACUGCACUGAACUUUUUAUAUGAAUGUAAGUAUAAUGCUUCUGGUUUUAGGGAGUAAUUGUAUUGGUAUUUUACUGACCUCAGAGGAAGCUGAGUUGAGGGUAUUAGGUCACAUUUAAACCAGAGAGGUGUUUUUGGUGUUGGAGUUGGGUUUUAUUUUUGAAUUAUUUUUCACCCCCGAUUUGUGCAGCAAUCAGGUAAAUUUUAACUUAUUCUCUUCUUUCUCCUCCCUGACACCCCCCUCCCCCUUUGUUUAGAUGUAAUUGUUCUCUUUUUAUUUCUGUUUUGAUUUCUGCAGUUUAAACUUUUGAAUGGGGUGAAGAAGAUAGCAGAGUUGUACCUAGUCCCGGUAGCAAUGAUACAAGGUUGUUCCAGUUUAAGAAAACAGGUUACUUAAGAGUCCCUUCUCAAGUCAAGGUUGUUAUCAGGGUGUAUGCUAUGACAUUCGGUAGUGAACCUUUAAUAUUUAAAACCUAUUAUUGAUGUUCCAGUACAAUAUAGGUUUAAGAAUUACAGUUAUUUCUGUAUUCUGUAUAAAUAAAUGGAAGCUUCUGGUGAUUCAGCUUUCUUGAUUCCCAGGAGAGAGGCCAGCAUCAGAGUAAGAACAUUUUUUCUGGUUAUUGGUUUGGUAUCUCUGCUUUUCUUCUGUGCCCACAGGGUUGCUCUGGCAGUUAAGUUAGUCUGAUGGUAUAUAUAGAAACUAAAACUAGGAAAUUGGUAUUAGUUUGUCAUUAUUUUUAUUAGAACAGCAUACAGGGAGGUUGACUAGGUUUGUGAUGCUUGUCUUGCUGUGGCCUUUUCAGGGGUGAGUGUAAAACUAUUAGUUCCCAAACUCCUGCUACUGGUUUUGUGGUUUGUGUGAUUUUUUUUUUUUUCUUCUUUUUUUUUUUUCUCUUCCUUUCCAGACUGAGUAUUCUUUGCUCUUGGUAUUUACCACCACUACUAUUCUUUUUGUCUGCACCUGGAUAUGUAUAUCUUAGAAAUUACUUGCCUUACAGCUUGGAAACUGAUGCUCUGGUCUUCAUAAUAAGUCUCGUAUUGUUAUUUCUGGUACGUUUUCUCUUUGGUGAAGUAGAUGAAUAGUAGAAGAUGGAGGUUAUGGAAGUGGGAGGCUUUGUGGAGGUACUUGCCUUUCCAGAGAAGUGUGGAAUAGUCCAAAAUUUUGUGGAAAGCUUCUUAGCUUUCCUGUGUGCUUUUCCAGAAGUGACCACGAGUACAUGUUCCUGGGAUUAUGUUUGAUCUGCUACCCAGGCCUUCUGUUCUGUUUGGGGAAUUAAAGAAGGAAGGGGGAGCUACUUCCCAUGGCCAGGAUCACCCGUCUUCGGGGCUCCUGUGGUCAGAAGGGCCGGAGCCUGAGGGGCUUAAACGGUGUUUUCCUUUCCCCAACUGCUGCUCACAGAUGCUGUCAGGGUUCAUUCAACUGCUGGGACUUGUGGCAAUGUUGGCUUGUUCUUGUCCUGCUCUUGUAGCCAUCCUUCCACCCUUGUAUGUUUUAAUCCUAUGGAAUCAAGCAGUGUACCAGCUUGAGGAGCUAGAACAGGGUUUGUUUUUCAAACCAGCGGGGUAUGGUCCUCCCUCCCUCCUGCAUCGACAUCAUCACCUCUCAACUGCUGUCUGUAAGGAAAGAGAAUGAAGUAGGAUUUAAACUCCACUUUUCUAGACUUACAAAAUGACACAUGGCAAGGAAUGCUUAGCAUAAAACUUCCACUGAACUGUUUGGGUUUUUUUUUUUAAAUCAGUCCCUCCUCAAGUGACAGCAUUCAGCUUUGCUCAGUAUGAUAUUCUCAAAUACACAAUUUAUAUUAGGUCAUAGCUCCAAUUCUGUAGAAAGUUUAAUAUUUUUUUAUUUAAAUGCUGUAAAGAUUGUGCAACAAACAGACUUGAAGCCCCCUUUUUUUCUCUUUUUUUUAAAGUUACAUUUUUACCUGCUCUGAAAGCUGAUUCUCCUCCACCCCCCUGCUAACAGUUCUCUGAGAGCUGUGAUGUCAAAAUCCUGCAUGUUGGAGCAACCCAAAGCAGUAGGGGUUUGGGUUUUUUGUUCUCUGUAUCUUUAUUGCUUUGACAGUGUACAUAAUCUUAAUUUAAAAUUUAGUUUUACAACUCUAUGG